AUGUUGACAAGAUUGACAGUAUCGAAGAACUUACCAUGUCUCGUGAGAUGUUUAUCAAGUAGUGCACACUUAUGCCGCAGUAUACCAUUAGUAUCUGGAUCUAAAAAAGUACCUGAGAAACAAAAGAGCAAAACUACAUCUGAGGAACGAAAAGUGUUUGCCCGUCCAAAGGUUGUAUCUGGAGUUAAGAAAGAAGAAAACCCAUCGAUUUCUAAAAAUGUAUACCUUCCAUUAUCAGUAAUGCCAAAACUACCAAAACAUCUUGAGGCAGACGUGAAGCCAGUAGGAGUUAAUUUUGAAAUCCCCGAUAAUUUUAUCAAAAAAGCCAAACCAACGGAACCAAAAACAACGAAAGAAACACGUGAUUCUGUUGAUAAAAUCGAUCAUGCUAUUAAACAUCCUGAUAAUGAUAAAGCAUUAAUGGGGAUUGCCAAUACCAUCGCUCAUUUUAUUGAUCCUGAUCCAAAUAAGAUGUAUCCAUCUACAGAACAUCCAAUAAGAAAAACCUUCUCAGGUAUGAGUAAAAUAAACCCUGCAUUAGAUAAAAUAUCAGACGAAUAUUUAUGGUCAAUUUUACCAACACAGAGUAUGUUUGGUGUCCCACCAUAUCAAAAGGAUGAUCCAUUAGGCUUUGAAAAAUGGGAACAAAAAUUCAUAGAAGAAGAAGAACAAAAACGUAAACAAGAGGAAACUGAUGAGAAAGAAUAUGAACAAUUUAUGGCUGAUUUGAAUGCAUCCGAAUCAUUUGUAUCUUCCAAGGGUACUCGUAAAAAGGUAGAUAGAAAGUUACUUAAAAAGUAUAAAAAAAUGAAGAAAGACGGUAAACUUCCUAAUUUCAGUCCCAAGAUUGUUAUAACUAUAGAAGAUUGA